AUGUCGUCUGCAAGGUUCGAUUCCUCAGACCGCUCCACCUGGUACAUGGGACCUGUGUCUCGGCAGGAGGCGCAAACGCUGCUCCAGGGACAACGCUACGGCACGUUUCUAGUCCGCGACUCGUCCACCCGCCCCGGGAGCUACGUGUUGUCUGUGUCAGAGAACUCACAGGUCUCUCACUACCUCAUCAAUUCACUGCCCAAACGGCGUUUUAAGAUUGGGCAUCAAGAGUUCGACCAUUUGCCUGCCCUGCUGGAAUUUUACAAGACCCACUACCUGAACACUACCACCCUAAUCGAGCCUGCGACCAGGUAUACAAGCCCACCAAUGGGAUCUGUGUCUGCACCUAACCUGCGUACAGCAGGAGGAAAUCUGGAAUAUGUACGGACUCUUUAUGAUUUUCUUGGGAAUGAUGCCGAAGACUUGCCCUUUAAAAAGGGUGAGAUCCUAAUGAUAAUAGAGAAGCCUGAAGAACAGUGGUGGACUGCCCGGAACAAGGAUGGCCGGGUUGGGAUGAUUCCUGUCCCUUACGUUGCAAAGCUUGUGAGAUCCUCACCACAUGAAAAGCAUGGAAGUAGGAAUUCCAACACUUACGGGAUCCCUGAAUCUGCUCAUGCAUAUGCUCAACCUCAGACCACAACUCCUCUACCUGCAGUUUCCAGUACUCCUGGGGCAGCUAUCAACCCUUCGCUAUCCACACAGAAUGGACCUAACUCUGCAAAAGCAAUCCAGGAAGGAGUACCCUGUGCUUAUGACAAGACCGCCUUGGCAUUAGAGGUCGGUGACAUUGUGAAAGUCACAAGGAUGAAUACAAAUGGCCAGUGGGAAGGCGAGGUGAUUGGGCGCAAAGGGCUUUUUCCCGUUACACACGUCAAAAUCAUUGACCCUCAAAACCCAAAUGAAAAUGAGUGA